AUGUCCAACCAAACCGAACUUCUGCUGAAUCAUGCCAGUAUGGUGGUAACCACGCCAAGCGGAUCAUCACGAACAGCCUCUGUGCCGAUCGCCGCCUUGGUGACAAUUGGAACACUACUGUACCUGGCCUACCGCUGGGCCUUACCCAAACCAAUCCCCGGCAUUCCGUACGAUGAGGCCGCAUCUAAAAGCCUCUUGGGUAACGUGCCCGAAAUGUUGAGAUUUGCAAAGGAUAAUGAUGGCAACAUUGUUCCCUGGUUUUUCAAGAAGCUCACCGAGAAAAACGCCCCGAUGGUCCAGGUCUGGAUCAAGCCCUUACAACCACCCGCUGUCAUUAUCUCCGACUAUAUGGAAAUCGAGGACUUAAUGGUUCGACGAACCAAAGAGUUCAACCGCGGAAAAGGGUUCAAGUGGUUGUUUGGACAGGUGUCUCCCGAAUUCCACAUUACCAAGCCAUCAGGUUCCCCAGAAUACAAGAGGAGCAAGGAGCUCAUCCGUGACCUAAUGACACCUAAGUUUCUGAAUGAGGUAUCUGCGCCUCAGGUAUAUCGUUAUGCUUCAAUGCUGGUGACACUUUGGGAAGUUAAAGCGCAACAUGCCAACGGUCGACCAUUCGAUGCGAUCAAGGAUAUCUUCGACUGCGUUUCUGAUAUGGUUAACGGAGCUGCCUUUGCUAUUGAAGACACCAUGAGUUCCACCAGUCACCAGUUGAAAUUCACUGAGGGACUGAAACAUUUAAUUGUAAAGGAGAGAAAAGACGGCUUCGUCAACAUCCCACGAGCGCCUGAUCAGCCAACACUUGCGGCCUUUCAUCGACUGACAGAGUACCAAGGCGAACAGGCCCGGUCUAUCAACGCCCCGAUCCAGCACAAGCUGCGGAUGCUGACAGAUCCGGCUUUGAGAAAUGCAUUUAAAGUUGUAAGAAAAGUGUUUACAAACGAGAUUCAGAAGGCUCUGGCUCGGAUGGAGGGCAAAGGCGAAGUUGUGAUGAUGUCAGCACUGGACCAGAUACUGUUCAGGGAAAAACAGUAUGCUGAGAAACACGGAAGUAAACCUGACUACUUUCACGGGCGCAUAAUAGACGAGAUAUUUGGUUACUAUACAGCCGGUCAUGAAACCAGUGCAACAAGUAUCAGCUGGAUGACUAGGUACCUUGGAGACUACCCCCAGUGGCAGGAGACGAUCCGUGAGGAACUCCACGGCGCGUUCUCCGCCGCGGUUGAGGAGAAGCGGCAGCCAAACACCAAUGAGAUCAACAAGAGUCACCUUCCUCACCUCGAGGCUUUCGCCGAGGAGACGCUUCGCAUAUGGCCGCCGUUUUUCCAGGACAAGCGAGAUACCAUGUGUGACACGACGCUGCUUGGCGUGCCGAUUCCUAAAGGCACCGAGAUCCUCAUCCCCACAGGAGGCCCAGGUGUCGCUCAGCCUGCGAUUCCCUGCCCAGAGGGGCUGCACACCGAAGAGCGCCGCAAAAAGUCCAACGUCCCAUCGUGGAGCCCUGAGGAUAUCGCGACAUUCAGGCCCGACAGAUGGCUCGUAGAAAACGAGAACGGGCAGCUAUCUUUCAACCCCAGAGCAGGGCCCACGUUGGCAUUCGGGCUUGGCCCGAGGAAGUGCUUUGGUCAAAAGCUGGCAUACAUGCAAAUUCGGAAUGUCAUCGCGCUGCUCCUGUGGAACUUUCGAUUCAAGAAGAUGGAGGGCAAGUUCGCUUCGAAGGAUGCGAGACUUGAAAUGAGUGUGGUUCCCAAGUAUUGCUAUGUAGCUUUAGAAAGGCUUUAA